AUGGACAUACAGUUUUGCAGAGACUGCAACAAUCUCAUGAGUCCAAAAAUAGAGUCUGGGAAUCUGCUGUACAUUUGCGGAAAGUGCGAAACAGUCAGCGAGUCGGAUAGUCCUGUUAUAUCUUCGAUUGACUUCAAGAAGCGCCACGAUUCAAAUGCCUCAUACAAGCAUGAUCUUGUGCAUGACAGGACACUUCCAAGACUGGAUAUAAAGUGUUUGAGAUGCGGUAAUACAGAGUGUUUGGGAUACAUAGAAAAGAACGAGGAGAGGGCUCUGAAUUUUUACUAUGUGUGCACGGUGUGUUUUAAUGAAUGGACAGACUAA